AUGCCAUCGCAAAAGCCCAGGAUUCUUAUCCCCGGUGGUGCCGGUUACAUCGGAUCGCACGUUGCGCUCGUCACCCUUCUCACUCGCAAGUACCGAGUCACUGUUCUCGACAACUACCACAAUGCUUUCCCAACCGCCGUGAAGCGUCUCGAACAGAUCGCCAUCGACGAGCUUCCCGAAGGUGCUUCUCAGCAGGACAAGGAUGACUGCAAGGUCGAUGUCUUCAAAGGCGACCUCCGCAGUAAGCAAGACAUUGCUAAAGUGUUCGGAAGCUAUAGCGGCGAUGACAAGAUCUGGGGUGUCAUUCUCUGCGCCGCCCUCAAAGCUGUCGGCGAAUCUUCUGAAAUCCCUAUCGACUACUACGAUGUCAAUGUCGGUGGACUCGUCAACCUGCUUAAAGUGAUGCACGACAACGGUUGCAACCGCCUCGUCUACUCCUCCUCGGCGACCGUCUACGGCACCCCUCCCAAGGUGCCCAUCCCCGAAUCCACGCGUCUGGCCCCCGAGUCUGUUUACGGCCGUACAAAAUGGAUGAGCGAGAUCAUCAUCCGCGACGUUUGCGAUGCCUACCCAGAGUUCCGUGCGAUUGGCUUGCGAUACUUUAACCCUGCCGGUGCACACAAGUCCGGAAAGAUCGGCGAAGACCCCCGAGGCAAGCCUGGCAACCUCCUGCCCCUACUCGCACAAAUGGCUGUGGGCAAGUACCGCGAAGGCGGUCUCAAGGUGUUCGGUAACGACUACCCCACUCCGGACGGCACCUGCGUUCGCGACUACAUUCACAUCGAAGACCUUGCCGGUGGCCACGUCAAUGCCGUCGAGGCGCUUGACCGCGACGAGAUCUUUGCCGAGGACAAGAUAGAGACUAAGGGCAAGUACCGCGCUUUCAACUUGGGCAAAGGUGUAGGCAUGUCUGUGCUCAACAUGGUUGAUGCUAUGAAGAAGGUUUCUGGCUACGAGUUCCCCUACUCGAUCGUCGAAAGGCGAACGGGUGACGUGCCCGAUCUGACCGCCGACCCGUCGCUAGCUGAAAAGGAGCUGGGCUUCAAGGCAACCAAGAACCUCGAUGAUAUGGCGCAAGAUCUGUGGCGAUGGCAGAGCGGAAACCCUCAGGGCUAUGGCGAGCAGUAG